AUGCAGUCUGGAAUCUCAGCCUCCCAAGAGCUCCAAGAUGCCUUCAACGCCUUCGUAUCCAACUCCACCGAACGAGCCCUGCUGGCAGGCAUCGACAACGAAAAGCUGAUCCCCAAAACCACGAUUCCACUCCAAGGGUCCUCUUUCAAAGAUGACCUAGGUCAAUUACAAGAGCAUUUGACCCCCAAUGCGGCCUCAUACAUCCUUCUCAAAGUCGAGCCCGGCGCUCCAGACGGCUACGUUGCAGUCACCUACGUCCCCAACGCCGCUCCCGUGCGCCAGAAGAUGCUCUUCGCCAGUACACGUUUGACGCUCGUCCGCGAGUUGGGGAUUGAGCGGUUUCGAGAAACGCUGUUCGCGACUGAGAAGAGCGAGUUGACUGCCUCGGGCUGGGACAAGCACGAGGCGCACACGAGCCUCUCGGCCCCGUUGACAGAAGAGGAAGAGGGUCUGCAGGGCGUGAAAGAGGCAGAAGCACAAGAAUCGCGCGGCACGGGCGCACGACGAGGACACGUUAGCGGCAAGAUCGAUGUUCCCACGGAACUGGGCGUUCUCGAGGCAUUGGGCAGUCUGAAGGAGGAAGGGUGCAGGGGCACGCUCGUGCAGUUGAAAUAUCAACUGCCUGAUGAGACGCUCACGCUGGACUCGUCAGCGGAUUCGAUACAACCUGAGCAGGUUGGGGGGUUGAUUUCGACGACCGAGCCACGGUUCUCGUUCUAUUCGCAUCCUGAGCAGAGUGCAGAUGGUGGGGCUGGAGCGACGAUUCUGUUUAUAUAUACUUGUCCCACCGGGUCGAAGAUCAAGGAGAGGAUGAUUUAUAGCACGAGCAAGAGCUGGACGAGGAUCGUGGCGGAGCGGGAUGCGGGGAUCACGAUUUCCAAGUCGUUGGAGGCGACGGAGCCGGAUGAGAUCUCGGCGGAGACACUUGGUGGUGGAAGUCAGAGUGCAGAGCAGUCUGGUACAGAGAGCAAGCCUAGUGCAGGCUUUGCGAGACCCAAGAGGCCUGGCAGGCGGUGA